ACGUGACGAGCAUUUCAGCAAAUCCCUGUCCAAAAAAACAAGUUAUAACCAGAGAUCCACUUCCCUUAAAACUAAAACCUAUGCCAGCGGCUCCCAGAAGGAAAGACCGUGCAGUGUGCCUUUCUAUGCCAGAACAUGUCUAUCAUGGCUCCUGCCGCCGACAAAAAGCUCACCGGACUUGUUGCAGCCACAUUCACUCCGAUCACCAGUCAAGGUGAAAUCAACCUAUCAGUGAUUGGACCUUAUAUUGACUACUUGAAAGAGAAGCAAGGUGUAAAUAACGUGUUUGUGAAUGGCACCACGGGCGAGAGCAUGUCUCUCAGUGUGGAAGAGAGGAAGCUCCUGGCUGAGGAGUGGUGUCGAAAAGCAAAGGGCAAGAUGGAUCAGGUGAUUGUUCAUGUUGGCUGCCUGAGUCUUAAAGACACCCAAGAACUGGCUCACCAUGCAGCACAGAUUGAGGCCGAUGGUAUAGCAGUCAUUGCUCCGUCCUUCUUCAAGCCCAGCAGUGCAGAUGUUUUGAGGACCUUUCUCCAGGAAGUGGCUUCAGCUGCUCCAACUCUGCCCUUCUAUUAUUAUCAUAUCCCAUCAGUCACUGGUGUCAACGUGAACGUGAGAGAACUAAUAGAAGGUAUUGAGAAGGUCAUCCCUUCCUUUAGAGGCGUCAAGUUCACUGGGAGUGACCUGAUGGACUUGGGCCAGUGUAUCAGUUGCAUUCCGCCUCACUGGUCAGUCCUCUAUGGCAUGGACGAGCAACUUCUAGGAGCUUUGGUAAUGGGAGUCCAUGGAGCAGUUGGCAGCACAUAUAAUUACGUAGGAUGUCACGUCAACAAGCUCAUAUCGGCGUUCGAGACCGGCGACCUCGUCCAAGCCAGGACGAUACAGUUCAAGAUUCAGGAGCUUGUGAGUUUUGCCAUCAAACUUGGUUUUGAUGUGGGAGUAAAUAAACAGUUGAUGAACGACCUGUCGGGCUUGGAUCUGGGACCCCCCCGUCUCCCGGUGAUGGCAUGUCCAGCUGCUCGUGCUCUGGCCAUCAAACAGAAAUAUGACAGUAUCUUUCCUGAAUAACUUGAACAUGCUUGAACAUCCCUCAUUCCAAUAAUAGAUUACACAGACUCUCUCCAAAGAGUUUCUCCAUAUUGUUAGGUCUUUACCCAACUGUGUUAAGUGUCCUCGUAUUAGUUAACUGCAAUCAUGGCAUUAUACAGGACUGUGCAAAAGUCUUGAGCCACCCUUCAUUCCUUUAUAUUUUCCUUCCAAGGAGCCAGACUUUCUUGUAAUCUUUAAGUUCUCGAGGCUUUCAGAAAGCUGCUUAUUCACUCACUUUUGAUCCAGUCCUUGCACCUGAGCAUUUCCAGAGGAAUGUGAAUGAUUCAAGUAUGAAAAGGUUCCUAACUCAGGGAAUGAACCAGCGAUGUGUCAACAGAGAAUAAAUGUUAAGUUGGAUCUUUAGGCACAUAAUUCGUUCAGCUGAAUCUAGGGCUGCCACAGAUGAUUAUUUUGAUAGUCGACUAGUCACCGAUUAUUUUUGCGAUUAGU